CCCCAGCCUUCCUCCGGCCGGGAUCUGGACUCACGUCGCUGUGCGCCAGUUGCUCUUUGACCUGGGUGUGGUCGCGGCUGCGGCUCGCCUCUCACCAUGCGGCUUCUUGGCUGGUGGCAGGUACUGCUGUGGGUGCUCGGGCCUCCCGCCCGCGGCCAGGAGGAGAAAAGAGGUCACUUAUGGGCAGAGGAGCAGCCUGCACACCCUUUCCAGGUGGGGGCUGUGUACAUGAGUGAGGAGGAGCCUCCAGUGGGCCAGGACACGCCCAGGGAAGAGGCCAAUGCAGUGCUGGGGCUGGACGCAGAUGGCGACCACAUGGUGAUGUUGUCUGUGAUCCCUGGGGAAGCAGAGGACAGACUGAGCUCAGAGCCCAGUGGCGCUGGCACCUGCGGGGCUGGAGGGGAGGAGGACUCCAGGUGCAAUCUCCGGGAGAGCCUCUUCUCUCUGGACAGCGCUGGAGCAAGCUUCCCAGAUAGAGAAGAGGAGUAUUACACGGAGCCCGAAGCGGUGGAAUCCGACCCAACUCCGGCGGAGGACUCCAACAGCACCGAAAGUCUGAAAUCCCCAAAGGUGAACUGCGAGGAGAGAAAUGUGACAGGCUUAGAAAAUUUCACUCUGAAAAUUUUAAAUAUGUCACAGGACCUCAUGGAUUUCCUCAACCCAAACGGUAGUGACUGCACACUAGUCCUGUUUUACACCCCUUGGUGCCGAUUUUCUGCCAGUUUGGCCCCUCAUUUUAAUUCUCUGCCCCGGGCGUUUCCAGCUCUUCAUUUUUUGGCACUGGAUGCAUCUCAGCACAGCAGCCUUUCUACCAGGUUUGGCACCGUAGCUGUUCCUAACAUCUUGUUAUUUCAAGGAGCUAAACCAAUGGCUAGAUUUAAUCAUACAGACCGAACACUGGAAACACUGAAAAUCUUCAUUUUUAACCAGACAGGUUAUUAAAAGAUACUGAAUGAAAUUUCCUUCGUUGAAAAUGUUCACUCAAAAACUUUAAUGCCUCAACCAAGAGCACCCUUCUUCUUUCUGUAAUAAAGUUACUGGAAGUAAAUAAAAAUUAUAACACACCUUCAAUAUAUACUUAGCUACAUGCAUGUAAUUAUUUACCCCUAACACAGAAGAACAGAGAGCUGAGUUACCUCAUAGGAGCAAAAGGCUUGUUACCAGGUGAUUAGUUAUUGCAAGUCUUAUAGCAGACCCUGAUUGUCAUUUGGACUGACAUGGAGAGAGGGAACCAUUUUGCUCAGUGAAGUCCAGGAGUCACAGCAUCGUUGGUAAUCACUGAUCCCGGUGGUGGUUAGUUGUUUGAACAAUUCUUUCAGUAAAUUACUUAAAAGCGUUUUGAAUUUAGCAUUACUUAACCUGUGCAAACAUUCUGUAGACUCCUGAGAAUAGCUUUACUAGUUGCUGAACUUUGGUCUCGCAGAAGAACAAAAGACAACUCAUACAUCGCACUAAGACCCUUCUGGUGAGUUCACUAAAAUUCUAGUGUUUUAGCUUUGAAUAGCUGAAUGGAUUCCUGCUCCUUUGAUGUGGUGGGAAGAAAGGCAAAUUAGAAAUCACACCGACAGGCAAGUGAAGCCCACCCCAGAUAUACUAGCUGUGGUGUUUGUUUAAGACUGCAUAUCAUUUUGCAUACCAUGCAGAGUGCUUCAGGAAUAUCUGUAGCAGGUAUAUUUUGUAUCUGAUUUGAAACACCUGAUUUCUC